AUGAUCAUUGUCACCGGAUUUGUACAGAUUGGAUUUGGUCGUUAUGAAGAGCUGGAAGAACCUUUUGUUGAUUCGGGCUGGAGUCCUGGUAAAAUAGCUAAUGCAUUUUACAGUGGUUUAUUCGCUUAUGGUGGCUGGACUAACUUAAAUUGUGUGGUUGAAGAAAUGAGGAACCCCAGGAAACAUUUGUCUAUAGCAAUUGUGGUAUCGUGCUUACUAGUGACUCUAGUUUACACAGCUGCUAAUGUAGCCUAUGUAACAGUCGUACCAGUUGCAGAGAUUUUGACCACAAGAGCUGUGGCUGUGACAUUUGCUAAUAGAAUAUACGGAAUGUUUUGGUGGAUAAUGCCAAUAUUUGUUGCUUGUUCAACGUUUGGGAGUGCUAACGGAACUAUAUUAACUACAUCGAGAAUAUUUGUUGCUGCUAGUCAGCGUAAGCAAAUGCCAGCUUUUGUCAGUUACUUGCACACGGAUCGAUUAACACCUAUUCCGGCUGUUCUGUUUACUUGUAUCAUAUCAAUAAUUUACUUGCUUGCUGGAGAUAUUUUCACACUUAUGAAUUAUAUGGGUUUUGUUCAAUGGUUGGCAAUCGGUCUUUGUGUUCUGAUUGUAGUAAUUUUCAGAUUUACUCGUCCUAAUAUUCAACGUCCGGUUAAGGCUCCUAUAGUAUUCGCCAUUAUCUACUUAGUAGUUACUGCAUCUCUGUUAAUUUUCUCUUUUUAUGGAUCACCUCAAGAAUCAUUAUAUGGUAUUUUGAUCAUUUUAACUGGUAUACCGGUUUACAUACUCGGUUGUGCGUGGAGUCCUAAACCGAAAUCAUUUCAAGAAAAAAUGAUAAACAUCACGAUUGGAUUACAAAAACUUUUCCGUAUUGUACCAUCCACUUGA